UAGGCGCACCCUAGUGCCUCCCUGCCCCGGCAUCUGGGUGGGUUCCCAGGCUCCUCCCCAGAGCUGACUUCGAGCUCCACGCCCUACAGGCCCACGGCUGCCAUGGCAACCGUACGCCGCCGCCGCCGCCGCCUCUACACGCACGUCGUGAACUAACGGACUCCGCGGCGGCGGCGGCCUAUGCCCCACCCCAACCCCACCUGGACCGCAGCAAAACGGUCGGUCGACCUGCGGCACCUAGGUCUCCGAAAGAUGAAUUUGGCUGAGAUUUGUGACAAUGCAAAGAAAGGAAGAGAAUAUGCACUUCUUGGAAAUUAUGACUCAUCAAUGGUAUAUUACCAGGGGGUGAUACAGCAGAUUCAGAGACAUUGCCAGUCAAUCAGAGACCCAGCUGUCAAAGGCAAAUGGCAGCAGGUUCGGCAGGAAUUAUUGGAAGAAUAUGAACAAGUUAAAAGUAUUGUCAGCACUUUGGAAAGUUUUAAAAUCGACAAGCCCCCAGAUUUCCCUGUGUCCUGUCAAGAUGAACCAUUUAGAGAUCCUGCUGUUUGGCCGCCCCCUGUACCUGCAGAACACAGAGCUCCACCUCAGAUAAGGCGUCCCAAUCGAGAAGUAAGACCUCUGAGGAAAGAAAUGCCAGGAGGAGGAGCCCGGGGACCUGUAGGCCGAGCACAUCCUAUAUCAAAGAGUGAAAAACCCUCUACAAGUAGGGACAAGGAUUGUAGAGCAAGAGGGAGAGAUGACAAGGGAAGGAAAAAUAUGCAAGACGGUGCAAGUGAUGGUGAAAUUCCCAAAUUUGAUGGUGCUGCAUAUGAUAAGGAUCUGGUGGAAGCCCUUGAGAGAGACAUCGUCUCUAGGAAUCCUAGCAUUCACUGGGAUGACAUAGCAGAUCUGGAAGAAGCUAAGAGGUUGCUAAGGGAAGCUGUUGUUCUUCCCAUGUGGAUGCCUGACUUUUUCAAAGGGAUUAGAAGGCCAUGGAAGGGUGUGCUGAUGGCCGGGCCCCCAGGCACUGGAAAGACCAUGCUGGCUAAAGCUGUCGCCACCGAGUGCGGCACAACAUUCUUCAACGUCUCCUCUUCCACGCUGACGUCGAAGUACAGAGGGGAAUCUGAGAAGUUAGUUCGUCUGUUGUUUGAAAUGGCUAGGUUUUAUGCCCCCACCACCAUCUUCAUUGAUGAGAUAGAUUCUAUCUGCAGUCGAAGAGGGACCUCUGAUGAGCAUGAGGCAAGUCGCAGGGUCAAGUCUGAGCUGCUCAUUCAGAUGGAUGGAGUUGGAGGAGCUUUAGAGAAUGACGAUCCUUCCAAAAUGGUUAUGGUAUUGGCUGCUACUAAUUUCCCAUGGGACAUUGAUGAAGCAUUGCGAAGGAGAUUAGAAAAAAGGAUAUAUAUACCUCUCCCAACAGCAAAAGGAAGAACUGAGCUUCUGAAAAUCAAUCUUCGUGAGGUUGAAUUGGAUCCUGAUAUUCAACUGGAAGAUAUAGCAGAGAAGAUUGAGGGCUAUUCUGGUGCUGAUAUAACUAAUGUUUGCAGGGAUGCCUCUUUAAUGGCAAUGAGACGACGAAUCAAUGGCCUAAGUCCAGAAGAGAUCCGUGCACUUUCUAAAGAGGAGCUUCAGAUGCCUGUUACCAAAGGAGACUUUGAAUUGGCUCUUAAGAAAAUUGCUAAGUCUGUCUCUGCUGCAGACUUGGAGAAAUAUGAAAAGUGGAUGGUUGAAUUUGGAUCUGCUUGAAUUUCUGUCAGCUCUUUCAUUUCUGGUAUUUUUGUUUAUAAAAUGUGAAGAAAUUCCAGCAAUUUAAAAAAAAAAACAGGUUUGGAACUUUACAUUGGAGAGAUUUUCUCUUAAAGAAAAAAUUUAAAACACAAAGAACAUACAUAUACUUGAGAAGUAAGAAAAGCUUACAUAGAGAGCCUGAUAUCCACGUAUCCAUGCAUUACAGUUGCACACCCUAACCAGAGUAUCAGGGGCUGAAGAAAGCGACCAGUGUGCUAUUGUAGAAACUUGUUUACAGAAAAUGUAGAAGGAGCUCUGUUUCUCACUAGUGUUCAUUGUUUUUUAGUUUUUUCUAUUCUUUGCUCUGAACAUGAGGGACCUAUAUCUGUUGGCUUUUAACAUCAAAACUGGGUUUGUGUCAGAUCUAUUAUUUGUUGUUAAGAAUUAUGGUUUUGGAUUAAAUAAUGAAUCUGCUAGUUAAACCUUUAGAAUUCACCUACUACUGUUAGAGUCUGUUAUAUAGUUUGAGUUUUCCCUUCCUUUCCCUCACCAUUCCCUCUACUAGCUAUUUAAUCACUUAUUGAGCUUUAUGGGGGAAUAGCCUCAUGCUUUGUGGUUUUUGAAUCCUUUUGCCAAGUGGCUUCUCCGGUCUUCAGUAUUUUUUUUGCUGGCAAUAUUUCAUAUUGGAAGGAUGGAAAGAACAUCAUGUUUGCGUAAGAUGCUCUUUUUCAUUCUAGACUUCUGAGUUUGUUUUCACUUUUCUUUCAAUAUGUUCAACAGAUAAACCCUUGAUUUUUCUCAGCUCAAACAUUGUUUUUUGCUGAAUUUGCCUUUCAUAUUCUAAAUAAAUGCUUUGGUAUUCUAAACAAGUCCACUCUCUUGUGGCUAAUGCAAAACAAACAAAGCAAAAUCUUUAUGGUUUUCGAGACAGCUUGUUUAUUAACAAAAUAACAUCGUGCAUAAUGAACAACGAACAUUUAGGAAUCAUUCCUUGUCUAGGUUGAGUGCUUGUACGCACGCUAAGAUUAGGUUAGAAAUAUGACAUGCCCACUCUUUUCAGCAGGAAUUAGACCGUAGAAGGAGGCCAGAAAAGGAGAGGCCGUGUAUCUAGUCACAGGUAGAGUAGCCUAGUGUUAGUUUUUAAAAAUUGCAUUUAUCCUAUUUUGAUGGGGCAACCUCUGCUUUAAUAGUCAAGCUUUAAAAAAUUUGUAUUUGAUGAUAUCCUGAAUUUUCAAUUUUGGACAGCAACUACUAGUUUAAAACCAAAAAUAACAUAUAGCUUUUUUGACAGUUAAAGAUAAACUCUUAACAGCUUCCUUAAGAGAUUUCUUCCCCCUACUUAGAACUAUAUACCACAGUAUUCAUCUACUGCUUUAAACUACCCCCCUUUCCUCUGAGGCAUAGAUUUAUAAGAGUUAAAAUCAUGAGAUAUCAUGAUUUUAUUUUAGUUGAUUUAGUUCAUCUUAAAAGUUGAAAUGAGAGAACUUUCCUUUUAUUCAUGAACUUUUAAAAUAAAGAAAUAAAUAAUCCCACUAAGAUAAUCUUGCAGACUAUUGCCAUCCAGUAAGUUAUUUUUUUCCUGAAGUCCUAGGGGCAGUCCUUAAAACCUUAGUGUUUUGAUUGCCAAAACUUGUUUGCAUAGUUUAGUUGAUUAGUCAGACCAUUUUUCUAGAUUUCGUGUUAUUUGUCUUGGCUUACAUUUCAAUUUUUUUCUGAAUUCUUCAUGCAUAAUGACAUGGUAAUUUUGAUUUUUUAAAAACUAUCAGUUGAGCAGUACUUGGAGACUCAAGCCUCCUAGGAGCUUAUCUUUACUGUGUUAAGUCAGUCCGGUGUGCUUUUUUAUUUCCCUUGUUUCUCAUUUUGCUCUGUCAGUGGAUGGUGAAUGCUUUGUAUGUAUUAACCCCUUAAAGGAUCCUGAGGAGAUCCCUAGGGCGUUCUGUCCAGCCUUUCCUGCACAUGGUAUAUACAUUGUCUUUAUUGCAAGACUGUGUUGCCUUACCCAGAAUGAGAGAAUUUUUGUGUUUUAUUUUAUUUUUUCUGUUGUAUUAUCAAAUUAGAAAGAUUUGGUUCCUUUAAUUCAUCUGAAAACCUGAGUGCUUGGGGUUCUUCAACACAGUGAUGUCGGGACUAAGUUUUCUACACUUCUGUCUCGCAGAUAUCUGAUCAGAUAGUUCUCCAUUUUAGUAGGCUCAUGUUGGUUGCUUACUGUGUACCUGUCCUUUGGGUGGGCGCUCUGUGGCCACAGAGUUGGACCAGGCAGUGCAGUACCGACUGGGCACUUCCUGUAAUUACACCGUGCAGCUUCUGGCUCCAACUAAUGAAACGAUUUCAGUUUAUAAAUGGAAGGCACAGUAACCUGCGUGUUGCUUUGGAAAGAUAACAUUUAAAAGUUUUUCUCUCUUUAAAUUUGCUUUAAAAUUAGAAGUGGUAUCCAUUUGCUUGAACAACAGAACUAUUAUAGAUCUUGGCUAUUUUCAUGAACAAUUUUUGUCAUUUCCCAAGCUACAUGUUUAUUGUAAACACAUACACAUGCAAUUAUGGCAAACAUGUUAAACAUGUUACAUGUUUGUUGCAAACAUUUUGCUUGCACAAUUCCUUUAUUUUUAAAAAGAAAUUAAUAUUAAUGGAAUGUGCCAGACAAAUGGCUCUCUAAUGUAGGCUGAAACCUUCUAGUAAUCCACGUAGAAAAUAGACGAUGGCAUCACAGACUUUAUCUUCAGUCAGCAGCAGUGUGGGCAUUCCAGAAUGGCCAAACACACUUUGGGCUUGGACCUCUACCUCCCAAAAUGCCAAGACAGCUUGGAAGAGGUAACAUGUUGUGGUCUAGCUGCCUAACUGGGGGUUUCGUUUGGGCUCCAGAGACUGCAGUUUUUAUGAUGUGAUAUUUGACUGUCCAAAAAUAGGCUGAAAUCACUAAUUACUCAAAAAGUGAGCAAGCAAGUGUCUGGUGAAUCUACCGUAAAACAACAUACAUCUACAUCAGGAAAAAUGUGUGUAUACAGCCCAGAUUUUCAAUAUAAGUGUCACUCUUUCACUUUGCUACAUGUAGCCUGACUCUUUUGAACAGAAAGUAUUGAUACUGUAGGUUUUGAACAGCUUGAGUUUGUUUGAAUUCCCUCCUUGGAAGUUUCUGUAUACACUGCUGUAUCCAUGAUGAGAAUCAUAGACCAGUUGAUGCAGUUCUGUUUCACUUUCCUGGCCCUAACAACCUUGAGGUAAAGUGAAGGAUGAGGCAGGUAUUGCUUGUCAUGUGGGCUUUGGCUCCUUCUGUGUUGUCUUGAUUAUUGAAUCUUUUGGCAUAAUAGUAGAUUCCCACUCCUCCUUUUCUCUUGUGAAUGAUAAGUCACCUCAGGGUAUUUCCUGUGUGAUAGGCAUAAAAUGUUAAGGAUAAUUGCUGCCCUUUUCCAAGAAAGGGCCACUUUAACCAUAUGAAGAAACAAU